UUUUGUUCUUUCUUUCUAUUUUCUGCGUACUUUCAACUUUACAGCUCACACUCUACAUUUCUCUAUUUCUCUGUCACUUUAUGCUAAAAUGAGCUUCUGGUACUCACUUGCAGAUCAAAUCUAGAUUCUUAUCCAGGGAGCAUUCUAUCUUUCCUUGCUGGCUUCUCUGUGGUGUCAUCAACUUGUCAACUGUAUGUCCAAGGGAGGUGCAGUGCAGCCUGGCAUAUCAGAUGUUUUUUAGUAAGAUUAUUAUGCUCGACCAGUGCCAAGAUGGGCAGCUUCUAUGUGAAAUUUCAGGAGCUGUUGUUUCUUUGCAUUGUUAUAGAAGUUGUAAAAGCUCUCAGUCCUGAUGGGCACGCACUUGAUAGCUUUAGGACCGCAAUACCAGGUUCAGACUCUAUUCUUACUCAUUGGAGGCCAGAAGAUGCUGAUCCAUGUGGUUGGAAAGGAGUGCGGUGUGACCUGAAGUCCAAGAGAGCUAUAUCCUUGAUCCUCCCUAAUCUCAAGCUAAGCGGACCUAUUUCGUCAGAUAUUGGGAAGCUAGACCAUUUGCAGUUUCUAUCUCUUCAUGGCAACAACUUCUAUGGGAAUAUACCCCCUGAAUUGGGAAAUUGUACAGAGCUGAAAUCUUUAUCUCUGCAGGGCAAUUAUUUAAACGGAGUGAUUCCCGAUGAACUGGGGAACCUAUCUAAGCUUGAGAAACUGGAUCUUUCAAGUAACUCACUCAGUGGAAAUAUUCCAGCAUCACUUGGGAAGCUGACCAAUCUUGUUUCUCUCAACGUGUCAACAAAUUUUCUGGUUGGGCCAAUACCUAGUGAGGGGCGCCUUGCCAACUUUGGAAAUGAUUCCUUUAUCGGAAAUCGUAAAUUGUGCGGCCAACAAGUUAAUGUGGUAUGCGAUGCUAGAGGUCCUACAUCUUCUCAGCCCCCAUUUUCAGCGGAAAACCUAAAUAAGAAGAAGUAUUCUGGUCGACUACUCAUAAGUGCCUCUGCAACUGUUGGUGCACUGUUACUGGUGGCGCUAAUGUGUUUCUGGGGAUGUUUCCUCUAUAAGAAACUGGGUAAAAAUGACGGCAGAGUCCUCGAAGUGGAUGUUGGUGCAGUGAUGUUUCAUGGAGAUUUGCCUUAUUCUUCUGAGGAUAUCAUCAAAAAAUUGGAGGCUUUGAAUGAAGAACACAUAAUUGGUUCUGGGGGAUUUGGUACCGUUUACAAGCUUGCAAUGGACGAUGGCAACGUGUUUGCUUUGAAAAGAAUUAAUAAGAUAAACGAGGGAUUUGAUAGAUUUUUUGAAAGAGAGCUUGAAAUUCUUGGAAGCAUAAAGCACCGUUACCUGGUAAAUCUGCGAGGAUAUUGCAAUUGUCCAACAUCGAAGUUGUUGAUGUAUGACUUCUUAUCCGGCGGUAGCUUAGAUGAAGUUCUGCAUGAGAGAUCUGAGCAACUGGACUGGGACGCACGGUUGACUAUAAUCAUGGAAGCUGCAAAAGGGCUGGCAUAUUUACAUCAUGAUUGCUCGCCUCGAAUAAUACACCGAGACAUAAAGUCUAGCAACAUUUUGCUUGAUGGAAAUUUUGAGGCUCGAGUAUCAGAUUUUGGACUGGCCAAACUGCUGGAGGAUGAGGAGUCUCACAUCACAACCAUUGUAGCUGGCACAUUUGGAUAUUUGGCUCCAGAGUACAUGCAGAGUGGUAGAGCUACAGAAAAGACCGAUGUUUAUAGUUUUGGAGUUUUGGUUCUUGAAGUAGCAAGCGGGAAGCGGCCCACUGAUGCAUCAUUCAUUGAGAAGGGCCUCAACAUUGUUGGCUGGUUGAAUUAUCUAGCUACUGAGAGUAGACAAAGGGAGAUAGUUGAUCCACAUUGUGAACGGGUACAGAUGGAAAGCUUGGAUGCGCUGCUUUCAGUUGCUACACAAUGCGUCUCUUCGAAUCCUGAAGAGAGGCCCACCAUGCACAGAGUUGUACAGAUUCUUGAAUCUGAGGUCAUGACACCUUGCCCCAGCGACUUCUAUGAUUCGAGUUCUGAUGAAGGUUGUAACUAAAAUUACAAGAGAAUUUAAUGUGGAAUUGAAGAAUGGUACAAGCAUUAUAUGAGAAUCAAGAUCUGCAACAAUUAGCAGUGUACUCUGUUUAGUCAUUCUUUCUGCAGAUUUGCCACCAAGAAAAAGGCCAUCUCUACUGCCAUCACUCUUCAAAAUCUGAGUUGCCAGUUAGUCAUCAUAGGGUUCAGUGGGGUUAGUUCUUUUUUUUUUUUUUUUUUUUUUGCUCCCUCUGCAUCGAGCUUUUUUGUUUCUUCAUGGGUGUAUCGGGAUUUGUACGGGUGGUAUGGGCAACCAAAUCCCUCUUUUGUUGUUGUGUCUUCCUUUUUGCCUUUUUUUUUUUUGUAGUCUUUUGCUUAUGUAUAUGAAAUGAUUGAAUUGAUUUGCAUUCAACCUUUUCGGAGGUUGAUCUCAUUGUGUAUAUUGUAAUUCACCACAAUAAUUGAUAUAUGGGUUGGCUGAAAAUCAUGGUUUCUCUGGAUAUUGUUUUA